CCAUGAUCUUGUCUUGGAUGGUGAUGAUAAGUCUUCAAAUUCAGCUGGAUGCAGCUUGGACAACAGGAGAUGCUGAACCAGAAGGGCCUCUAACAACAGUUCCAGUUACAGAUGAAGAGCUGUGGCCGAGGCCGAGGCUGAGGCUGAGUGGUGGGCCGAACCGCUGCGCAGGCAACGUGGAAAUCCAGUUCCUUGGGAGCUGGGAGAAGGUGUGUGGAUACCUGUGGAACAUGGAAGAUGCUGAGGUUGUGUGCAGGCAGCUUGGCUGUGGAUCACCCCUUGGAGUGAAGCACAAUUUCCCUUCGAGCGACUCAUACCCAUACUUCAUCACAGAGGUGAAUUGUGCAGGGUAUGAAGACAAUUUGUUGCAGUGCCCCUACAGCUACCAGUACUAUGUCUGUCAUCAUGGAGAUGCUUCUGUCAUAUGCUCAGACUCAGGACUAACAGUGCCUCGACGAGCAGCGAGAGCUAUCUCCAGCGUGACGCCCCCCAUGCCAUGGACCACAGGGACAGGCUCCUGUGGUGGCUUACUGCAGGAUCUGUGGGGCUCCAUCGAGAGCCCGGGCUACCCCAACUCCUACCCCGACAACGCCCGCUGCGUGUGGCGCAUUCGGCUGUGGGACCCGGCCCGCAGAGUGGAGCUCCGCUUUUCGGAUGUGGAGCUGGAAGGCAACAGCUGCUCCUACGAUGCCAUCGAGGUGUUUGACGGCGGGUCCCCCGAGGGGCCGCUCCUGGGCACUGUUUGCACCAACACCUCUCGAGUCUUCACAUCCUCUGGGCACCAGCUCACCGUCCUGUUUCACAGUGACAUCAGCAUCUCCAGGAGAGGUUUCCUGGCCUACUACUCCUCAUUUCUUGCCUUCAACAGCACCGCAGCACCAGGUACUUCCAACUGGACAACUACUGUGACAUCAACUUCAGAAGAUUACUCUUGUGGUGGCUUGCUUUCCUCUUCAUCUGGUAGAUUACAGAGUCCAUUUUACCCCCAAAAUUAUCCAAACAAUGCCAACUGUGUGUGGGAAAUAGAAGUAAAGAGCAACUUCCUCGUCACACUUAGUUUUGAAGAUAUUCAGAUGGAAGGUGGCAGAUGCCUCUCUGACUACAUAGAAGUUUAUGACGGGCCCCUGCACACCUCUCCUCUCCUUGGGAAGUUCUGUUCUGGUUAUUAUCGCACAUACACGUCCUCCUCAAACCUGAUGACUGUCCGAUUCCACAGCAACUCUCGAUACACAUACAGAGGGUUUCAGGCCUACUAUUACUCCACUAUAGCAGAUUCAAGCACUACACUGCUGUGUUUGCCAGACUACAUGCAUGUAGUUGUGAGCAGAUACUUCCUUCAGUCCCACGGCUACUCUGUUUGGAAUCUCACCCUGAAUGACCCCCUUUGCACACCCAACAUCACAUCAGAGGCUGUUGCAUUCGACAUUCCGUACACUCGCUGCGGCACAGUCAGAGAGGGAAACAACAAUACAAUCAGCUAUUCCAACGUUAUUAAAGGGUCCUCUUCUGGUUCUGUAAUCACAAGAAACAGAAAUCUUCACCUGCAUGUCAACUGCAAGAUGCUCGAGGACACGUGGGCACAAACGAUGUACGUCGCGGACAACAAUUUCGAAGUCAAUGAAACUCAGUACAGCAGAUAUGAUGUGAACCUCACGUUUUAUGACUCUUCAUACUUCUCACGGCCAGUGUAUGACUCGCCAUACUAUGUCCAUAUGAACCAGAACUUGUUCCUUCAAGCCUACCUGCACAGCUCUGAUCCAAACCUGGUGCUAUUUCUGGACACGUGUGUGGCAUCUCCAGCUCCCCAUAACUCUACAGCAGUAACCUAUGAUAUAAUCAGGAAUGGGUGUGUUAAGGACCCUACCUACUCUUUGCACUCCUCACCGCGCGGCAGCAUCGCUCGGUUUUCGUUUAACGCUUUCUCCUUUGCUGAGCAAUACCCGUCGGUUUACCUGCAGUGCGAGCUGGUGGUGUGCAGGCAGAGAGACUACUCCUCCCGCUGCUAUCAGGGCUGUGUGAGUAGGCUCAAGAGGAAUUCGGGUUCUUCCCAGGGACGAGUGAAUGUUGUUGUUGGACCUGUGCAGCUCCGGGAAGCUCACGCUGAGAACAGGAACACUGCGCCCUCUAUCCAGCUGGUGAACGGAAGGCACCGAUGUGAAGGUCGCGUUGAGAUCCACUACAGAGGACAGUCGGGGACAGUUUGUGAUGAUUAUUGGGACCUUGCCAAUGCCCAGGUUGUGUGCAGGCAGCUGGGAUGUGGCCAGGCCAUUGCAGCUAUGGGAAGUGCAUACUUUGGGGAAGGCUCUGGCAGCAUCCUGCUGGACAACGUGAGGUGCAAUGGGAAUGAGAUGUCCCUGUUCCGUUGCAAUCACUCGGGAUGGAGGAUACACAACUGUGCCCACUACGAAGAUGCUGGUGUUGUCUGUUCAGAAGAGGCUGAUACAGCAUCAACAACCACCGUGGCACCAGCAACAGCAACACUGGAGGCAGCAUUCGAGUUGCCUCUAGUUGUUGAAACUACAACAUUCCCAGAAACAACGGCAUCUCUAACAGAGACAACAACCUCAGCAUCAACAGAGAUGAUGACAUCCCGAGGGGAGACAACCAUGUCAGCAUUAAUAGCCAGCACAAUGGAGACACCAUCAUCAGGGCCACCAACCAGCAUGGUGCCACUGACCACCAGUGCAGAGCUGUCAUUCCCAGAGAUGACCACCACAGUGCCAAUGACAACCCUAGAGACGACAACCCUAGAGACCUCAACCCUAGAGACAUCAACCCUAGAGACAUCAACCCUAGAGACAUCAACCCUAGAGACAUCAACCACCAAACCACUAACGACCUCCCUGGAAGACAUGUCCCCUUCACCAGAGAUGACCACCACAGUGACAUCUAGUUCCUCACCACCGAUGUUCACCCAGCUUGAUACAACCACCACAGCAACAUUGGCCACCACAGCUGAGGAGACCAGAGCAGAGACGUCCACUGCACCGGAGACAACCACCACAGCCUUACCAACCAGCACAGCCCCACCACCCUUCACAACUCUACCAACCUCCACAGCCCUACCACCCUCCACAACCCUACCAACCUCCUCAGCCCUACCACUCUCCACAGCAGAGGCGUCCACCUCAACACAGGUGAUCACCACAGUGAGAACAGCUACCACAGCAGAGGAGAGCACAGCAGGUGCCAGGCUGCGUCUGCGGGGCGGCAGGAACGGCUGCGAGGGCCGCGUGGAGCUGUACGACGGCAGCACGUGGGGCACGGUGUGUGAUGACCAGUGGGACCUGCGGGAUGCCCAGGUGGUGUGUCGGCAACUGGGCUGUGGGGAGGCCCUGGGUGCCCCACGCACUGCCCACUUUGGCCCGGGCUCCGGCCGCAUCUUCCUGGACGACGUGCAGUGCCGUGGGGACGAGCCCUCCCUGCGGAUGUGCAGGCACAACGGCUGGGGAGUGCACAACUGUGGGCACGUGGAGGAUGCCACCCUGCGGAUGUGCAGGCACAACGGCUGGGGAGUGCACAACUGUGGGCACGUGGAGGAUGCCAGUGUCAUCUGUGCAGCUCCUGCAGCCACCACACCACCUUCAUCAGCACCUUCUUUUUGUGGCGGUUCAAUCUCAGAUUCCUCUGGGGUGCUGCAGAGUCCCCACUACCCUGGAAGUUAUCCAAACAACGCUGACUGCGAGUGGCAAAUACAAGUCGAGAGCAAUUUCCGUGUUACACUCACAUUUAGAGAUAUUGAGAUGCAAAGCAGCUCGUGCCAGCAUGACUACAUUGAAGUCUAUGAUGGGCCUCGACACUCUUCCCCACUUCUUGGGAGACUUUGCUCUGGUUCCUUCCCCACAUACGUGUCCUCUUCGAACAUGAUGACCGUUUGCUUUCACAGUGAUUCUAGAUUCUCCUUCAGAGGCUUUCAGGCUCACUACUCCUCCAUCCCAGCAGAUCACAACACCACCCUUCUGUGCCUGCCAGACUACAUGCACGCAGUGGUGAGCAGGGACUACCUUCAGUCUCAAGGCUACUCAGCCCAGAUGGUCACCCUGAAUGACAAUCGCUGCAGACCAACCAUCACCCCACAGGAGGUUGUGUUCAACAUUCCCUACGACGGCUGCGGGACGACACGAGAGGAGAACAAUGACACAAUCAACUAUUCCAACACAAUCAAAGUUGCAUCUUCUGGGUACAUAAUCAAGAGGAAAAAGAACAUCAACCUGCAUAUUAGUUGCAAAAUGCUGCAGAAGACAUGGAUGCAAGUAAUGUACACUGCUGAGGACACUGUGGAUGUGAAUGAGUAUCAGUUUGGAAGAUAUGACAUGAACAUCACCUUUUAUGAUUCCUCGGCGUUCUCGCGGCAAGUGCGCGACUCCCCGUACUUCAUUGACUUGAACCAGAAUUUGUACCUUCAAGCUUGUCUUCACAGCUCAGACCCAAACCUGAAGGUGUUUGUGGACACGUGUGUGGCAUCGCCUGAUCCUCGUGACUUUCACACUCUGGUCUAUGACAUAGUCAGGGACGGGUGUCCCAGAGAUUCUUCCUAUGCCACGUUCUACUCCCCUUCCAGCCACUUUGCUCGGUUCAAAUUCAAUGCCUUUGAGUUCAUCAGCCGCCACCCCUCGGUGUACCUGAAGUGUGAGCUGAUGGUCUGCAGGCUCGGGGACUAUUCCUCCCACUGCUACCGGGGCUGCACCAGGAGGUCCAAGAGAGACACGAGUUCUGUCGAGGAAAAAGUGGACGUGGUCGUCGGGCCAAUUCGGCUCCGAGAAGGGGCUGCUCAGAGUGGGAAUACUACUAAAGCCAAAUAAAUUUCUCUCACAUUUGCUGUAAGGUGACUUCAGGCUCCAGGAAAAGCCAUAGCUCUGCAUUUCUGACACCUGUCACUGCAAUCUGCUUUUGCCCAACUUCUCCGUAAAAAGGAAGCUAUCAGCUCCUUGCAAACCCACUAUUUUUACCUGCAUAUUUAAAAUGUAUAACUGCUCUGACUGUCCAAAAGGAGAGAUUGCUUAUAACCCAUUUUAGUGCUAUGACUCCUUGAAUUGAAUUAGUUCCAAUCUGCUUGUGUAAUGGCACUUGGGGACGUGGUUUAGUGAUGGACUUGUCUGUACUAGUUUAAUGGUUGGACUCGGUGAUCCUAAAGGUCUUUUCUAACCUAAAUGAUUCGGGAAGAAUGGGUCGUGUCUGGAAAGGAAACGUAAAAACUGAUCUCACCACAGCAACUGGAAUUGUGGCUAUGCAAUAUUCUAAUUCUUUUGAGCAUUGCUUUUAAUGCUAAAUUUCUUGGUGAAACAAUAAUGGGACUGUGCUUAUUUAAUGCAGAGAUUUCCAAGCUAAAAGUAAUCUGUUCUGUAAGCAGUGUAAUUUAUA